AUGGCUGAUCACGUCAUAGAUUUUUCAAUUGAAUCAUUUACAAAAAGUAUUGCAUUUGCACCAAUUGGAUCAAAAGAAUUAUCACUUGGUUAUGCAAAUCGUUCAGUUGUAUUAUUAAAAUCAAAUUUAUAUGAAAAUUGUCUUCUUGAUAUUGAACAAGCAUUAAAAACAGGUUAUCCUGAUAAUCUCAAAGCAAAAUUAUUUAUUCGUCAAAUGCUUUGUUUUCAUAUCUUAAAACCACAUUCAAAACUUGAAUCAAGUAUUUCAUAUGCUAAUGUGUUACAAUGGCUACCAAAAAUGAAUAAAAAUAAUAAAAAUCCAAAUGUAAUUGGUGCAUCUGAUGCAAUUGAUGUUAAAUAUACAAAAAAACUUGGUCAUCAUGUCGUGGCAACUAGAGACAUAAAAACUGGUGAAUUUAUAUUUAUUAAAAAUUCAUUUGCAUCAAUGGUACUUGAAGAAAAACGUUAUUCAAUUUGUUGGCAUUGUUUUAAAGAUACAUAUUGUGGUGUACCAUGUGAUUAUUGUCCAAAUUUAAUUUAUUGUUCAUUAGAUUGUAAAGAGACAGCAUGGCAUGAGUAUCAUGAUAUUGAGUGUGAAGUUUUAACUUCACUUUUGGAAAAUGAUCGUGAUAUUGCAAUACAAUUGAGUGUUAAAAUAUUUAUCAAGUUAUUUAAAAGUACUGGAAGCUUGAUUGAGUUGAAAAAAUAUAUUGAUAGAAUUGAAUCAUCAUCAUCAUCAGCAUCUGAUAACAACUUGAGUACAUCACUUCUUGAUACAACUAAUUAUGAAUCAUUUCAUAAUUUAAUUAAACAUCUACCACCAUUGACUGAAUGUAUUUCAUUAAAAAAUGUAGGAAUUAUGACAGCAACAGCAAUUCUUCUUAUGCAGCCUGAUAUUCUUGGUACAAAUUUAACUUCAAAAGAAUGGGCAAACAACAAAUGGAUACCAUACACAGCUGGAUUACUUUUAAAAUAUAAAUUCAUUUUUGAUUAUAAUUUUUUGGCUAAUGCUGAUAUUUUUGAAGAUGAUUAUACAAACAAACUCAUGGUAGUGGAACCAAUGAUCAAAGUUUUUAGACAUAGUUGUAAUCCAAAUGCAAACGACUUGAUUCAUCAAUCAACAACAAGUAUUUUUGCAACAAAACCGAUAAAAAAAGGUGAAGAAGUUUUUACAUCAUGGGGAGUUGAUUUUUUUAAAAGUAACAAACAAGAGAGACAAAAUUAUUUAUUACCAAUUUUAAAAAAUAUUUGUCAGUGUGAAGCAUGUAAAAAUGAUUAUCCAUCUUUUGAUGAACUUCCUGAGUAUAUAAAUGUACCAAGGAAUGCUAGUAAAAAAUUAAAAAUGAUUAAAAAAAAAAUACUUGAGUAUGUUGAAACUAGUGGUGAAAUUAAUAAGGAAAAAUUAAUAAAAGCUGUCGAGGAUGCUUGUGUCACUAGUGAUAUUUAUAAUCGUAAUAUUGAUUUUCUAUGUCACGAAAUAAUUGGUUUGCCUUUAGUUGUUCAGAAGUUAUAUCAUCAAAUAGCUACUCGAAAUUUUUUAUAA